AAAUAAAGCAAAUGCGGCACGAAACGUACCAAUAAACGACAACUAUAAAGCGGCCAACACGUCACUUGAAGGGGGCAAGUGCAGCGUAAUGCCAAGUUCGUUGAGACGUCCACGGGUGGGCUACCUCUAAUGCGGUAGCGCUAUUAGCUACAAACCGGGUGCCUAGAUGCGGAAGCGGGUCGCGAAAGUCGCAACGCUUCGCCUCCUAGAACAGCAUCAUUGCGGUACCUGACAUCACCGCGCCAGGUACCUACAUUAUGCCCCUACAUCUACUACAUCUACCUCCUCAGCUCCUCUAUCAUGGACCUGACAAUCUUUCCUCGAUAAGUCCCAAUUGCAGAAUAUUACUCAUUCUUUUUCUUCUUCUUCGACUUCUACUUCGUUUUUCCUUGUGAUACCUGACUAGGUCCUCAAUAUUCAUUUAUUGCUUCAUGUGAUACCCCUCCUUAGUCAUUCCCCUCUUCCCGUCUCAAGCCACUAGCGCGCAGCAUUAGAAGUAUCUUUACAGGAUUCUCUUCACUACACAAACCUAUAUACUCUAACCGCUCCAUGUAACUACCUUAACAACCUUUGAAAUUUACGUUCCGCAUGUUGUCCUAAACUUCGAGAUUUAUAACUAUGUCGAUUAUCGACGAGAAGAGCGCCGGAAAGGCGGACGAAGCUGCUCAAGCUCCUCGUCGUACCUCUCCCCACAAUCCACCCGAUGUUGUUACGCCUGAUGUCUUUAGCGACGGGCCUAUACCUGUCGAAGCCGAGCUAGGAGCUGAGGAGGAUGUUCCUCCAGCUUACAGCGAGAUGCACGAUCAGUUUUCCCUUCACCAAACAGGGUUCGACGCAGGGGCUGCUGUUACGGAUGAUGGCCGAGUCAACAUCAAUAUCAAUCAGACGAGCAGGCAUUUAGCCGACUUCAUAGCUCCCGCUUUACGCAAUCAGCUGAGAGAGAGCAUCGAACCCACUGAAUCUACUCUCCCACCUGCCUAUAUCCCCCCCAGUUUAGGUGGCCAACCAGGUCAGACCCCACCGCCUCGAUUAAACGUCGUUAUACAGAUUGUGGGUUCAAGGGGUGACGUGCAGCCAUUUGUUGCGCUAGGGCAAGUUUUGAAGAAUACAUAUGGUCAUCGUGUCCGAGUAGCUACGCAUUCCACCUUCCAGAAAUUUGUCGAAGAAAAUGGCUUGGAAUUUUUCAAUAUCGGUGGUGACCCCGCCGAACUCAUGGCUUUCAUGGUCAAGAAUCCGGGGUUGAUGCCUGGGAUGGAUGCGUUAAAGAGCGGAGAGAUAACUAAACGAAGAAAGGGAAUUGAAGAGAUCGUUCUUGGCUGCUGGAGAUCUUGCAUAGAAACUGGCGAUGGCCUCGGCCCGGCCCCACGAUUCGAACGUCGGAGUAAAGUGGAUGCUGAACGCGACGAAAGCCCGGCCCCUUUGCCUGAAGAUCCGGGGAAUAAGCCAUUCGUCGCAGAUGCAAUUAUCGCAAACCCCCCGAGUUUCGCACACAUUCACGUGGCUGAGAAGCUAGGAGUACCUCUGCACCUAAUGUUCACUAUGCCUUGGUCACCAACAAGAGCAUUUCCCCAACCAUUGGCAAAUAUCCAGUCGUCAAAUACGGAUGCUGUCACUACAAACUAUGUCUCCUAUGCGCUAGUUGAGAUGAUGACAUGGCAAGGCCUUGGAGAUGUCAUCAACCGAUUUCGUACAAAGAUCCUCGAUCUUGAGCCGCUCUCUAUACUCUGGGCGCCUGCUGUAUUGACUCGCCUUCGGGUCCCUUAUACGUACUGCUGGUCUCCCGCCCUCAUCCCCAAGCCGAAUGAUUGGGGACAGCAUAUCGAUAUCGCUGGAUUUUAUUUCCUCAAUCUAGCAUCGUCUUAUACACCAGAUCCCGAAUUAGCCGCGUUUCUUGCAGCGGGCCCACCCCCCGUUUACAUAGGGUUCGGUUCCAUUGUUGUGGAUGACCCGAAUGGGCUGACUAGAACGAUAUUCGACGCGGUAGCAGAGACCGGAGUUCGAGCUCUUGUUUCGAAAGGAUGGGGUGGGUUAGGAGCAGAUUCGGUUGGUAUACCGGAUGGCGUCUUCAUGCUUGGCAACGUUCCCCACGACUGGCUAUUCCAACAUGUCUCCGCCGUUUGUCAUCAUGGAGGUGCCGGAACCACGGCCGCCGGAAUCAAUGCCGGUAAACCGACUAUCGUCGUCCCAUUCUUCGGAGACCAGCCAUUCUGGGGCGCUAUGGUUGCGAAAGCCGGGGCAGGACCCGAACCCAUUCCAUACAAGAAACUCACCGGUGCAGCACUAGCCGAAGCUAUCCGAGUAGCAACAAAACCAGAGACUUUAGCACGGGCUCGGGAACUCGGGGAGAAGAUACGCGAGGAGAAGGGCACAGAUGUUGGAGCCCAGUACUUCCAUAAGCAUCUCAACGUUGACAGGCUCCGUUGUUCAUUAGCUCCUAGCCGAGUUGCCGUGUGGCGUCUUCGGCGAACCCAAGUUUUCCUUAGCGCGUUGGCAGGUGCGACACUUGUUAACAACGGAUAUUUGCGAUAUUCGGAUCUGAAACUAUUCCGUGCGAACGAAUAUAGUACCGAGGACCAUCCAACAGAUCCUAUUUCGGCAUGCACGUCGGCGCUACUAGGAGACAUGGGUACCAUUGCCAUGUCUAUGGCUGACUUCCCUAGGGAACUUUUCAAAGCGGCGGUACCAAAAUCAAAGUCUUCCGACAAAGUUGGCGACGACUCAACAACAGUAGCAUCAAGUGAGACUAAUAACGGCACGCCUAGCUUAAAGCCAGGGGACUCUACUACAACACUAGCAGCCUCGGAUUCACUUAGCAUGUAUUCCAAUCCAUUAGCUGCGGCGUCGGAGAACACUAUUUCGACUCCCUUGGCCCCCAUCACCUCGACCGGCACAGGACAUUCAAGAGCACCUUCUGGAACACCAUCUGUAACACACCGUAACCGCACUGACUCGCAUAAAUCAGGGACGGCAUCUCCUAACCUCCUGAGUAAUGAAAACUUCGAGAAUGCAAUCGGUGCCGGCAAGAGUAUCAACACUAUCGUGGCAACUGGGAUGAAGUCACCUAUGAACUUUUGCCUAGGACUCGCGAGAGGCUUCAGAAAUGCGCCAACCCUGUAUAACGACGAUACCGUUCGUCCUGCGGAGAAAGUAACUGAUUUUGCCAGUGGCCUCAAGAUUGCAGGUAAGGAAUUCGGGUUUGGUAUGUUCGAUGGAAUCACUGGGCUGGUGACACAGCCUCUCCGAGGCGCGGAGAAAGAGGGUGCUAUGGGGGCCUUAAAAGGGUUCAGCAAAGGUAUCGGAGGACUGAUGCUUAAACCUGCAGCUGCUAUUUGGUCUAUCCCGGCAUAUACCAUGCAGGGUGUACAUGCUGAAAUUCGAACGUUGUUUGCUCAGAGUGCGCAGAAGUAUAUCAUUGCGGCUCGAAUCGCUCAAAGCCAAGAUGACUUUGUCAACUCAUCACCAGAAGAGCGCGAAGACAUAGAGGUUCGCUGGAUCUCCCAGAAAGAAAAGAUGAAGGGGUUUUACUCGUGGAAGCAAAAGGAGAAGGGAAAGGCUCGAGACGAUUCUCCUGCUUCAUCGAAUCAUGGGUCGGCUAUUACAGAGCAAAUUGUCGGCAACGAGCCUCCGAAAACGGGAUGGCUCAACACACGGAAUCUAUCCUACGAGGAACGGAAGAAACUACAGGAACAGAAGAAAGCAUGGAAAAAGAAACGAGCAGAAGCGGCAGCGACAGGGGGUACAUUUAUUGAAGAGCUUCCGACCGCCAAUAGUUCACGAAACGACGUAAAUUUCGAAGAAGCAAUCCUAACCGCGGUACGAGAAACCUCUCGUGGGGACGCAUUCGAAGAUUCUCGGGUGGAACAAGCGAUUCGAUCGAGCGUCAGGUUAUUAAGAAGCAGAUCAACGACGUUAACGUCACUUGCCUCGACAGCCUCUCGUGGUACUCAGGGCACACAGGAUUCUGGAUACAUUUCUAUGAUUGAUCCUAGACGUACACAGCCAAAUUAUGAUAUCAAACAACCAAUACCUGUACCUGGGCCAGAGCUACCACCCCGCAUAUCGGAAGAUCUGAUGGAUAUUACCGAGGAGGAGUAUCAAGCCUUAAUUGAGCAAGCCGUUCAGUUGAGUAUGGCCGAGGAGCAAGGAAGUGGAGUUCAGAGACACGACGUCGAUAGUAGCGAGGACGAGGACUUCAAACGGGCCCUGGAGAGAUCACAAACGGACCGUAGCACAGAGGAUCAGAGCGAGGAAGACUAUAAGAAGGCCAUCCAAGCUUCUGAAACAGAACGCGGAAGCCCAGACGAAGAAGAGGAACUAAGAAAGGCAAUCGAAGCCUCGCAGGUAGAACAAACCCAGGGAGUCACCGACGACGAUGAAAUGCGCCGCGCCAUUGAAGAGUCAGAGAAAGCACACAAGGAGCAACUAGCGCGUGCUUCGACGCUAAGGACGGAAGAGGAUAUCGUGUUGGAAUACGUCAAGAAGCAGAGCCUUGCAGAAGAAGAGUUCCGUAAGGCUAAGGGGAAACAAGCAGAUACCGCCGUCGAGGACGAGGAGCUUAGGCGCGCGUUGGAGGAGAGCUUGAAGACGGAAAGUGGGGUUAAACGUGGGGGUGGCGGAGGUGGAGGUCCGUCGCAGUUCUGAUCCAUGUAUGACAGUGCGAGGAGUGUGAGAAUGGAUACGAGCAUACGAUAUUGAUACCCUUCUUUAAUUAAUGUCCAGGAAAAAGAAAUAGCAGGUUGAUUGCGACCACGACUUUUGUUUUGGGACUUUGGUGACGGUGAUUUGUGUGUGCGUGAAUGUGAAUGUGAUGGAGUUGCUGGUUUUGGAUAUGAGGUGGGGGAGUCCGGGAAAGGAAAAGUAAUGGUGUUGGAGACCGCGUCUGGAUCUUGGUCGGGUAGGCGGGUUGGAGACUAGGUGAUUGCUAGAUUCUUUAAUAAAGAGACUAGUAUUGCAGGUAGGAUAUCGUGAAUGAAGGUUUUUUACGAUUCUAUUGAUGAGUCAUCUUAGUCAUUAUCACUGUUAUCACUGCUAGUGAUGCCGGAGGGAAUUGGCCCAUCACGUAAGGAGUGUAAUGUGGCCUCAUUUAUGACGAAUGGAGUAGGGGGGAGGCGAUAGAUCAUACGUAGAAGGAGGCAUGGGGAAAAGUGAUAUAAGGCUGUG